GAGCAACAUGUCUGGUCGGGGCAAAGGCGGUAAAGGUCUCGGAAAGGGGGGCGCUAAGCGCCAUCGGAAGGUACUUCGCGAUAACAUUCAAGGUAUUACCAAACCGGCUAUUCGUCGUUUAGCUCGUCGUGGUGGUGUCAAGCGUAUUUCUGGGUUGAUCUAUGAAGAGACUCGUGGCGUGCUCAAAGUUUUUCUUGAAAACGUGAUCCGCGAUGCUGUUACUUAUACGGAACAUGCGAAGCGGAAGACUGUGACAGCCAUGGACGUGGUUUACGCUCUGAAACGCCAGGGUCGUACUCUGUACGGAUUCGGGGGCUAAGGCUUCUUUCUGAUUUACCUUUAAAACCAAACAAACAAAGGCUCUUUUAAGAGCCACCCAUAUUUUCAUAAUAAGAGUUGUAUUACUUUCAGAAAACUUUAUUUACUUCAUUUAGCAUGUCAUAUUUAGGCUAUGUACACUACAUGUCUUAACGUUCUUGUUUGCUAAAGCAUGUAUUGGAAAUGAAAUAGAAGAUCAUGUGAAUAAUUUCACUGACGCGUUGGUGACUAAGCACUUGUAUUAAGAGGCUAUUUAGCUAGACAACCUUUGUUUCCUUAAGCACAAGUCUGAUAGCCAGCUUUCUGACUAACAGGCA